CCCUCCUCUUAUUAUUUCCUUCGUAUUACUUAUCCUCUCCAUCCCCCCCGGCGCCCCUCUCUCCCAUUUCUCACCCUCCUCCUCUUCCUCCUCCAACCCUAAUUAGUUGUUCUCCACCCCUCCCUUUUCGUUUUUUGACUUUUUUUUUUAGUUAAGGAUAAUAUAGCUAGCUAGCUAGCUGGAUUAAUUCGAAGGAGCUUAAUCAAUUCUAUUUGUAAGGGUUGUGAUGGGAUCUUUGUCGAUGGCGAAUGGCUCCGACGACUCCAGGUCGUGCCCUCGAGGCCAUUGGAGGCCCGGCGAAGACGAGAAGCUCCGCCAGCUCGUCGAGCAGUACGGGCCCCAGAACUGGAACUCCAUUGCUGAGAAGCUCCAAGGAAGAUCAGGAAAGAGCUGUAGGUUAAGGUGGUUUAACCAACUUGACCCGAGGAUAAACAAAAGGCCGUUCACAGAAGAAGAGGAAGAGAGGCUCCUCGCGGCUCAUCGGGUUCACGGGAACAAAUGGGCUUUGAUUGCGCGGCUCUUCCCUGGUCGGACCGACAAUGCUGUGAAGAACCACUGGCAUGUAAUCAUGGCUCGGCGGCACCGAGAGCGGUCCAGGCUGUUCAGUAAGAGACCGCAUUCGGAUCAGUUUCUUACUAGCUCGGAUACCGCCAUGAGCGGCCUUUUUGCCUUGAGCUCCGCUAGCGAUAAGAGAAAUUUCACGGAUAGCUCACAACCAUUUCACUUUGAUUUUGGGAGCUCUUCGAAGGAUCGACCGGCUUUCGGUGUAUUGCCUUCGAACUCAUCGUUUUACUGGGCCUUCUCCAGAUCAAAUGUGCCCUCGACACCUCAAGUAUUUGGUGCCAACGGCGAUGUUUAUAGCCAUAAAUAUAACUGCAGCAUCCUAGAGAGUUCAGAUUACUAUGAUCGGUCUCUACGUGCGAAUUAUGAUCCGAUAAGCAAGAACUUUGGUGCAAAUGGGAUCAGAUUCUCCUCUUCAAGGGAGCGAAUUACCGGAAACGAGGCUUCAGAUUCGCAUGAAUUGCUAACCCUAGGGAAUAAUUCAAGUUCUUUGAACCUUAGAACUAAUAAUGAUCACAAGGAUGAGAGUGAUGAAUCCGUAAAACAAAAGGAUGUUCCCUUCAUCGACUUCCUUGGGGUCGGAAUUACUUCAUGAAUCAAGAAUCUUUUCGACGUAGCUUAGCUUGUGGAAUUUAAGAGAAAACAAAGUUUCUCACAGUUUUUGGUUAGCACUGCUCUUGGAGCUAUGUAUGUGUUAUUUGAAUAAGAUGCUAACACAUGCUAGGAUCUAUUGAAGUAAGUAGUCUUUUUUUUUUUUUACAAAAAUUUUCCUCUCUUCUGUGUUUUUUAAGCUUUGGUUCUUUUUCUAUUGUGAAUUACCGAAAAAUAAAGCCCUCAUCUUAGGUUUGCACACAA